AUGGCGGAGCAAGCAUACUUCAGUCGUUUCCAGACCUUCGCCCCAGACCCGCAAGCCACGGUCCUCGAAAACUUCGCGCAGCUUGCCAUCUCGAAUGGCUGGGGGAGGAAGAGCCAGGAGUACAAGGAUGAGAGAAAGAGCUACAUGAUCGCUCUGGCCGAUACCCACAUCGAAAGCAUCGAGAGAGGUGGCGCGGCGGAAAAGCUGGCGGGCUUGCAAGGGCUGUGUAAGGAGCUGAGGGUCUGUCCUAUCCCGACAUCGAUCACUCAGUGCAAGAAGAAAUUGAGGACGGUCCAUGUCUGUAUCGUCGACCUCAUCGACAGUCGACGCCUCGGCGGCACUCGAGUCCAUAUUUUUCCCUGCCAUCGUGAGCUCCAACAGCACAUUAAGAAGAAAAAGCAUUAUUUCCCCAAGUACGAAGCGAAAGAGAAGGAAGAUGGCCUGUUGAAAGUCCUGCUGCGGAAGAUAAAGGGGUAG